ACAGCAAAAGGCUAUUGGUGGAUUUUUGUAUGACUCUCAGGACGAUUCAGAGAAAAAGAGUCUAAUUUUUUUUUUUAGAUUCAGAUAGACCAAAUAAAUACCAAACUGAAUUGUUUCUCUUUUUCUUUUCUUCUCUCUAUUGAAAAUGUCAGAUAAAGAAAAUUCACUAGAUAUUCGGUUGCCUGAUGUGAUUGCUCACCGUGGUUUCUCGGCAGCAAACCCUGAAAACACAAUGAUUUCAUAUGAAAAUGCCAUUGACGCAGGCACCAUUGCUUUAGAAGGAGACAUUAGACUUAGUAAAGAUGAUGAGAUUGUAGUCAUGCAUGAUUUGACCCUGAACAGAACCUCAACUGGUACUGGAGCAGUACGUGAUCAAAAUUGGCAUGGUUAUAUAGAUGGUCUCAAGACAAAAACUGAACCUGCUCAACCUAUUCCUCGGUUUAAUGAUGUACUUGACAUGCUUAUUCGUCCCGAGAUUAGUUCCAAAAAGGGAUUUUAUAUGAUUGUUGAUAUCAAGUUUGACAACCCUAUUGAAAUUCUAGAUGUAUUGAAAAAGUUGAUUGAUAGCUAUAUUGCAGACUAUCCUGAACUGUAUGACUUGCUAGUGAUUGGUAUUUGGAGUGUCGAGUUCUUGAAGAAGGCAAAAGCGUUGUUUCCAAAAUUCAAGUUAUGCUUUAUUGGUAUCUCUAUCUCAGCUGCUCGCUCUCACUUUUUGGAGCAUGUUGAUUACUUGAGUUUACCCUUUGCUGGUUUGGCUACACACGAUGGUCAAUCGCUUAUCAAGGAAAUACAUGCACAAAACAAGCGCGUGUUUACAUGGACAAUUAAUGAUCCAUUACAGAUGAAGACAUGCGUUUUGUGGCAAGUAGAUGGUGUUGUAGGCGAUGAUGUACCAGCUAUGCUUGAAAAUGUUCAUCACAUACCCAAAUCAAUUACAACAGACAGGGAUUAUCAAGAAUAUAAACAGACUGAUACCUAUCUGGCUUCUAAACGAACCCAACUCUAUUAUUAUUUUGUUUCAAAAGCAAUGGGCUUAGCAAGCUGGAAGUUUAUUGGUGUUUAAAACGAUUAUUUAUUUCAAUAAAAAAGCUUAACGUGUGAUUAUACAUAAUGAAGCAAAUGCUUAACAAAAA